GGCAGAAACGAAGAGACAAGUCGCAAAACCAGUCGCCGAAAAGAGUACAAAUUUGGUGAUGCCCUUCUUUAAACCAUUUCUUUCUGCUUUUUCUCUCAUCCAUGGAAAUUCAAGCAUUUUCUUCCUCUUCCUCUUCCUCUUCUUCCUGUUGCUAACAAGAAACCCUUGCAACUCGAAACAUGCUUCUUUUACCUCAGAGAAGACUGUUUCUGAACACGAAUUCUCACUACAACAGAGCAAUUUUGAUGGGCUCCAAACACUUGCUCCUUCUUACGUCUACACUCACGCCGGAAAAAUAUAGCAUUUUCUACAUCUUCGAAAACCAUAUCUCCAUUUCAUCGGAUGAGCUCUGGGUUGAGUUAUUACCUCAAUGCCGCCAUGCCUAUUCCCAGACCAGUUUCUGGAGUCGUUUUGGAGACCCCGGAGCAGCAAGUGCUAGAGUCAGAGCUGUUGAGGAUGUUAAAGCAGAAGUUGGAGGAUAUCGGGAUUUACGGAGAUGUUUUGCAAAGGUGGGUAUUCGGAAGAGAAAAGUUUAUCUCUCCACAUCACAAAAGAUGGUGCUGCAGCAAUGUGGACCUGCUUUCGGGCUAAAUGUGGGUGGAGUGGCACUACAAGGAAUCACCAAAGCAAAACAACCAUUCAGAGAAAUCACAGAAGAGAGUCUGGAACUGGAACCUUUGUGCAACGAGCUACUUGCAUUUUUUGCUGAGCGAAUGAUAUCUGGGGAAACACUGCAGAGAAACUCUGUAAUGCAAAAAAGAAGAGGCACCCAGGUGCAGAUGAUGUUUAAUUUUCAGAAAUGUUCAUGUAUAUUUGUGUGCAAUCACGAGGUUGUCUUGAGAUGCUAAAGAAUUAUUUCUAGCCAUGGAAGUACUUACAUUUCCAUUUCCAUUGUAUCCACAUCCCUCCUGGACCUUGGGCCGUUUGCCUUUCUCCUGAAAGAAGAGUAGGGGCAGGGGAACAGACUUUAGAGAGACGAAGAGGGGUGUCAGAAACAUUGUUUAGACUCUUUGAAACUAUUAUAAUCUAGUAAGUUGAAUUUGAUUUAAUUGCUAAUUUCUCGGGAAGAACGUUUGAUAGAGAUUUCUAUACAGAUUGCUAUUGCUUUCACCUAUCGAAGGAAUGGAGAACUUGUUAGCUGCAAGUAUAGGGAUAUUACUAAGAAAUUUUGGCUGGUAUCGUUAGUUGUUCUUCAUGCCUAAAAAGAUUCAAAUUUACGAGUAAGAAAAACUUUAUUGUAAGAUGUUUAUGAUUAUAGUCUCCUACUGCGCAUGGCCACUCAUAAUAUGGCUGUGGGUGUCAAUUUGACUGUUUUA